UUCAUCGACAUAGAUGAAUAAAAGCUAUCUCGAGCUGUAAGAGACGCUAUAUAAAGCAGCUGCGGCCACGACUAGAGACGACCGGGCGCCGAAAGCCUUCUGUGCCUUGAUAACAAAAUCGUGCGGGGAAAGAGUGGCGUUUCUCGUGUCGGCAUAAUCUAGGAGCUUCAUGCUCGAGCGAGUAAGGUGCGCGGUUCAGGAAUGGCUUCUAAAGAAUCACAAAGAAAAUGCCAGGAAGAUGUCUCCGAUAAACGUCAGUCUACGAUACGCGCUAGUGGCGCUCGCGCGCACACAGUCUGGCACGCGACUAACGGGUCGAUUUUUCAGGCCGCAUCAUCAUCAUCCGGACCGCAAGGAUCGACGCGUCGCGAAACCCUGGCUGUAGUCGUCACACUGUGGCUGCUGACGUGGACACCGUUAUUGUCACCCUCGCCUGUGGCAUGCGCAGCAGCUGUCAGUGGGGUAGGAGGUUGGACGGGUGGGGUAAGUGGCGCGGCAGCGGGGACGCCGCGCGUGCUGCGGCGUAGUCAGUAUAUCGUGACACUAGCGUCCGUGCCGCCCGUGCUGUCGUAUCGCGGAGGGCUGGCCGGCUUGUCUGCUACCGCGUUGCCUGAUGACGAGGAUGAGGAGGCGGAAGGGGAAGAAGAGGGAGGGGAUGCGGAGGGGGGAGCGGAGGCGGCAGGGGAGGGGCCAGUAGGAGGGGAGGGGGGCUUGCUUCCUUCCGCCAACGUUACUGUUUCCAAUGCAUCUGUUCCUAACGGGACUGCUUAUAGCGGAGCAGCGGUUUCUCGCGCGGGCGUAGGUAGAACGAGGGUAGUAAACAGCAACAAGAGAUGGCUGGAGGGCAGGGCGAUAGCGCAGGCUAGGGUAAAUUACCCUCACAGAGCUGUCAAAAUUGGCGCGGUAAGGGGCAACAAAAAGUUGCCGAUAGUAGUGGGGCAGCCGCGGGCGAUCCCCAUGUUGUCGCGUCCAGAUGUUCGCAUGGCACAUGUGCGAUCCUUCGUGCGAUUCCUGAAACAGUCGCACAGGCAGCUGCUGGCGACGCUCAACAUCUCGAGCCGUGCGAUAUACCAAAGCUACACCUAUACUUCCAACGGCUUUGCCGCCUCGCUGACGUCAGCAGAAGCGAGAAGAUUAAAGCUUCACCCGGCAGUAGCGGCGGUGGAGGAAGACUCUUAUCUCCCCGCGCUAACCUCUGCCCGCGACUCGGGAAGUUUUUUUCAGCUGCCCGAGGACGCGGAGGUCGGGCAGGCGGAGGGCAGUAGGAGGAGAAAGCUGACGUCUGAUUCGCCGGGGUUUCUUCGGCUGCCCGGAUCGCUGUGGGCGGCGAACGGCGGGCAGGAUAAUGCCGGAGAGGGGGUGAUUGUAGGGGUGAUUGACACGGGCGUGUGGCCGGAGCAUCCGUCAUUCGCUAACACACCGUCCAACCCCUACGGCCCCACUCCCCGCAGGUGGCGGGGUAAAUGCCAAGCGACCAGGGACUUCCCCAAGUCGCUGUGCUCGCGCAAGCUGAUCGGCGCGCGGUACUUCGCUGCAGGGGUGCAGAAGUCCGCGGCGGGAGUGAACAAGGAGAAAGACUUUCUGUCAGCACGCGACGGGGACGGGCACGGCACGUGGUGCGCCAGUGCGGCAGCAGGCAACGCCAACAUCCCUCUGGCCAUCUCCGCGUCUCGCACCCUGGGGUCCAUCUCGGGCGUUGCACCCAGGGCAAGGCUGGCAGUCUACAAGGCCCUCUGGGUGACGCCAGGCGGGGAGGCAGGGGCGUUUACGUCAGACAUCCGCGCAGCCGUUGAUGCGGCCGUAUCCGACGGUGUGGAUGUGCUCUCGUGCUCGUUCGGAGGAGCCGUGUCUCGAUACUUCAACGACUUGCCUUACCUGCAAGCCCUGAAGGCCGGGGUGUUCAUUGCCUUCGCUGCGGGGAACAGCGGGGCGCCCUCUCGAGGUCAAAUGCUGGGCACUCUCAGCAACACGGCGCCUUUCUACCUCACUGUGGGGGCCAGCACCAUAGGCCGCGACUACCAGGCGAACCUCACCCUGGGCAAUGGCGUGCAGCUCACAGGGCUCAGCUUUGGCGGCACCCAGGACUCGAGGGACCUGCCUCUGGUGCUCUCCAGCGCUGCUGUGCAUCCGCUGGGGACACUGAGCCUGGCCCGUGAGUGCUUCUCCUCGAGUCUCGACAAGUCCAAGCUAUCGGGCCGCAUGCUGGUCUGCAACCUCAAGACCAGGGAUGUCAAAGAGGCGAUGGCUGACACCGCUACAACUGCUGUGGGCGCUGCUGCCGUGCUGCUGCUCGCUGCGUCCGAGUCUUCCCCGGUUCCGUCGCGCAUCCCCUUUACUGACAUACCCGCUAUCCACCUGAACGCGGAGCAGUCAGAAACUGUGCGCCAGUAUCUGAGCAAAGCUACCAACCCUACAGCAUCCCUCUCCCCUCACUUUGUCACCUUUUCCGACUCAGCCCCGACAGUGGCCUACUUCUCCUCCACAGGCCCCCCUGUCAACCCCGCCUACCCCUUCACACCACGUGUCCUUCCUUCAGACGACAUCAUCAAACCCGACAUCAUCGGCCCGGGCUUCCAGCUCUGGGCUGCUUACAGAGGGAACAAGCCCUCCUUUUCCUCUCAGUCCGCCUCCGCUUCAUCCUCGUCCUCCCCCUCUUCCACUCCUUCCUCCUCUCCAUCCGUCUCCUCCACCCCCUCCUCUUCCUCUUCCUCCUCCUCCACCCCAACCACCCCCUCCUCUUCCUCGGAGUCCCCCAAGUUCGCCUAUCUCUCCGGAACCUCUAUGGCAACCCCCCACCUGGCCGGCAUUGCCGCCCUAAUCCUCCAGAAACAUCCAAAAUGGUCGCCCGCCCAAGUCACAUCCGCAAUCAUGACAACUGCCUACACCACCAACAGGCUCGGAAACCCCAUCCGCCGAACCACCAGCUCCGGCAAAAAGAGCACCGGAAAAACGGUCGAAGCAACCCCAUGGGACAUGGGCUCGGGGCAUGUUGACCCAACCCGGGUACUCAACCCCGGGCUUACGUUCGACGUGGGUUACAAGGACUACGUAAAUUUUCUCGCGGGGCGCAACUACAUUUACACCAUGAUGAAUUUUCCGGGGCUUGGGGGCAUCCACCCGGUGAAAGCGUUCAAUCUCAACCGUCCGUCGAUCGCCAUCUCGCGGCUCUCGAAAGCGGUGGUGAUACGGCGAAAGGUGAAGAAUGUGGAUGAUGUGGCAGCGACUUAUAAGGCGAUUAUAAGGGGCCCGAGUGGAGUUAAAAUACAGGUUGAUCCUAAGAGCUUCACUAUCAAGCCCGGGCAGAUGCAAAAGUUUUCGGUGCAGAUCCAGCCGAAGGGGAAGCCGAGCCAGGUGUUUAGGUUCGGGAGCCUGGUUUGGCAAGGCAACCAGUCACACAUUGUACGGAUUGUUCUAGCCAUCAGAACCGUACCGGUGACGCAAUUCAUUCCUUAGAAAAUGUAUCUUAUUUCUCAACGCCUUGUUGAUUUGUUCCUCAUCAUUGUGUCAGAGAAACUUAGCAUUUUUGCAUG